AUGGAGUCCACCAGUGACAAAGAUUGGGCGACCAAGUAUCUUCUCGACCCUCUGAACGCGCCUGAACCUUCCCAAGAAGAUGGUCCAGGAAACACUUUCCGGCCUGGUACUACAUUUCCUCCAGUAAAGCCAUCCACGCCGCAGUCCCCUCCUGGAAGACGACUAUCCAAGACCAAUCCAUAUCGAAAAAGCUCUGGUGCUCCCGCGACGUCGGACAUUCGACGCAGUGUCUCCCUCAACAGCACCAGCAACAAGGCUGCUUCAUACCCCUCUCCACCACCUUCAGCUAAUUCUCCCAACGGAAGAUAUCCUCCCCAAUCACCAGUCAACAUUAACUCAUCCACCUCGCCCCUCUCUCCUUCCCAUCGGCAAGAAGCAUUUGGUGAGAACAAGACAGGUAGACGAAGGACUAGCUCUCUUGGACAGCGCUACCCCGGCGACAUGUCCCAUCGACCACUGGAUACACUGGUGAAGGAGAAACAUACAGCAGAUCGUGCUCGACACAUGACACGAAAGCAUCAAAUCCGCCCCGACACAAUUGAUAGUUUGGAUGACAGUGGACUUGGCUCUUAUCACCAUGGAGGUCCAUAUGAUGCUACACUGUUCGCAAGGAACAACACAACCAAUUCCCCUCUGGCUGCGCUGAAAGACUCGAACGAAGAAGCUCUCAGAGCGACACCAAGAGAAAAGAUCAUCGACAGUGUUCAGCACCAUCGUCCGCUUGAUGGUGUUGCCGCCUAUGCGCCCGGAUCAUACGACCGCAAUGGUCGGUUGUACACCUAUGAGGAAGGCGAGAAUAUGAUGAUCGAUAAUAAUGCUGCUGGUGGCGCUUACAAGCGUUGGCCUGGUGUUCAGUAUCACCCCGACGAUAUCAAGGGCAAGGGUGAACCGAGCUAUAGCAUUGAGAAAGCGCUUAAGGAGAGUAAACUUCGCGAUGAAAAGGUAGCUCCCGAUGGUAUCGAAAUGAAGACCAACCCGCGGGAUCAUCGGGGUGGUCACAGUCGUGAACCCAGUGGCGGUGGUGCCAUUGCUACUACUGGUUGGGAUGAUGGUGAAGCUCGCGUCAACAGAAGUAGCAGUAUGAGCAAGAGGCUCAGUGGAGGUUUGAAAAAGCGAUUUGGUAGUAUCAAGAGGGGCACCAAAGAUACUGAAUAA